UGGAGCCUUGAAACAAAAGUGUACGGUAGGGAGUAUGGCCAACUUAAAGAUGUGAGAACAAGUUUUACCAUGUAACUUUGCCUCCGAUUCCCCUUGUGUAAUGUUGGCACUUAGAAGUGACCUUCCACGGAGACCACACCUCGCUUAUCAAGCUUUGGUACCCAUAGCUCUUCCUGUUGUUGGGCUAACUUGAUGCUCAUCAGUAGAUGUGAACUCAGGGACCUAAACAAUCACGUAUUCAUUCUGGGGAAAGGAAUUCAGAUUACCAAUUAGCAAACGUGACUCCCCAGUGCAGCAUGGUCAGGAUUAGGAGUGCUUCCAGAUCUAGAAGAGAGCCUUGUUCACACUAACUGGCUCCAUGACUCCCCAAGGACAACAGGAAAGAGACUCGUCCUGGAGACCGUGCUGACACAGUAGUGCAUCAUUUCCUAUUAACCAACAAUUAGCUGUAAGGGUGCUCAUUACAUGCAAACGGAAGUAGCUCUUGGAUGUGGAGAAUACGCUGAGAAUCAGGCUUUAUGGCUCAUCUGACCCAGCGCAAAGACACCAUAGACACCACGACCGAGGUGGAGGUGUGGGACAGCAGGACUGCGCAGGAGGUGAACAAGUCCUUAUAUCCUCCCGCGGUAGCCAACCCUUUCACUCACGCCACACACCUGAGUGCUUGGCGCUGGGCCUGCACCAUCAUCCUGGGGACUGUGCUGGUACCCGUGCGGGUGUCCUGUAUUGUCUUCCUCCUCAUCCUUCUCUGGCCAGUGGCCAUACUCUCCGCCAUUAACUUGCCUACUCAACCUACCAAACCCAUGAGGAGUUGGAGGAAACAUCUGAUAAAGCCAGUGCUCAUAUUCUUGCUUCGUUUGGCGUUCUUUUUUGCUGGGUUCCUGGUUAAGGUCAAAGGAAAAAAGGCCACCAGAGAGGAGGCCCCCAUCUUCGUCACGGCACCACACUCCACCUUCUUUGAUGCAAUCGCUGUUGUUGUGGCCGGGCUCCCUUCGGUGGUCUCUGAUAGUCAGCAUGUAAGGAUCCCAUUGGCUGGGAAAUGUAUCCUGUUAACUCAGCCUGUGCUUGUGCAACGAGAAGACCCUAAUUCUAGAAAGACUACCCGGAAUGAAAUCCUCACGCGAGUGAAAUCUAAAAUGAAGUGGCCGCAGAUUCUGAUUUUUCCAGAAGGAGUGUGCACCAACCGCUCCUGUCUUGUUACUUUUAAACUAGGAGCCUUCUCCCCAGGUGUCCCUGUGCAGCCAGUGCUACUUAGGUACCCCAACACCCUGGACACAGUGACCUGGACUUGGCACGGAUUCUCAGGCUUCCAGAUAUGUAUGCUUACUCUGAGUCAGCCCUUCACUAGAGUGGAGGUCGAGUUCAUGCCUGUUUAUACCCCAAGUGAAGAAGAAAAGAAAGACCCCAUCCUUUUUGCCAACACAGUCCGAAUCAACAUGGCAAAUGCUUUGAAGUUGCCUGUAACGGAUCACAGUUUCGAAGACUGCAAACUGAUGAUUUCUGCUGGUGCACUUCAACUACCCAUGGAAGCUGGCUUGGUGGAAUUUACAAAAAUCAGCCAGAAAUUGAAAUUGGAUUGGGACAAUAUUCACAAGCACUUGGACAGAUACGCUUCGGUUGCAGUCUCCUCAAAAGGAGGCAAGAUCGGAAUUGAAGAGUUCUCACGUUAUUUAAAACUCCCAAUUUCAGAGCCCUUGAGACAGCUUUUUUCUCUCUUUGACAGGAAUCAGGACGGCACCAUAGACUUCAGAGAGUAUGUGAUAGGUCUAACUGUCCUGUGCAACCCCGCCAACACCGAGAAGAUUCUGCAAAUGUCAUUUAAACUUUUCGAUCUUGAUGAGGACGGUUACAUCACAGAACAGGAGUUGACGACUAUGCUUCGGGCAGCUUUUGGAGUGCCAGACCUAGAUGUUUCCACACUCUUCCAGCAGAUGGCUGGCAAGGAUUCAACUCAGGUUUCAUACAGGACUUUCAGGAGGUUUGCCCUGAAGCAUCCAGCAUAUGCCAAAUUAUUUCAUUCAUACAUAGAUCUCCAGACAGCCUAUAUAUAUUCAUUACCAGGAGAGGCAUAAACAUUUCCCUAAUAUUAAGAUGUUCGAGGCAUCCUUAGAAACAGGAAAAGAACUUUUAGGUGGAAACGACAAACUAAAUAAAAAUUACCCUUUGAGGGAAAACUCAGUGGUUUUUACUCUAAGUAGCAUGGAUACUGUCUUGGAAAAAGCAACUUGGGGAGGAAAGGGCUUCCGUCUUUGAGGAAGCCAGGCCAAGCACUCAAGCAGAAUUAGAGGUGGGAACCAUUGACGGGUGCUCCCCAUGGGUCACUCAGCAUACUUUCUUAUGCAACCCAGGACUACUUGCCCAGGGGAGGCACCAUUCACAGUGGGUUGGGCCCCCUCACAGCAGUCAGCAUUCAAGAAAAUGUACCACAGACUUGUCCACAGGCUGGUCUGAUGGAGACAAUUCUUCAGUUGUGGUCCUUUCUUCUCAAAUGGCCCUAGUUCGUGUCAUGCUGACAGAAACUAACCAACACAGAUAUUAUAUUUAAAAUAAGCUUGAAGAAUUAUAAUACCCUUCCCUUCCUUAAGAUAAUGUUCACUGGGCACAAUGGCAUGUGUCUGUAGUCCCAUCCACCCAGAAAAUAAGAAGCAGAAACAUGGCUUUACAACCUAGCAAAUAGACUCAGACUUAAAAAGAUUUACAGCUUGCCCUGAGAUUUUCCUUUUCAUUGAUAAUAAACUGUCCUUAAGCUC